UCUCUUUACAGCUGUUCUAGUCACUUUGACUAUGUUUGAUGUAACGUGAAAUAACAAAGCAACUCAUGCUAAGUCUGAUGGAAUUUGUAACUGCAUCAGACUCAUAAUGAAAACUAAACAGAAGUAAAGUCUUUGAAAGUAUGCAAGAUGGCUUUACUCAAAUCUUGUUGUUGCUGGAAAUCGGUGAGAAGUGGAAGUUUUGCAAGCGGCAUUUACACCAUGACAUUCUACAUCGUGGUGGUAACUGCCGGUUCAUUUCAUCUCCACACCCUAUUUAAUAUACCAGUACCGCUGCCAGUUCUAAUAACCUUCAGUAUUUUAAUGGUGGCUUUCGCAGCAUUGUCUGUGUUAUCUUCGAUACUGCUUAUUAUUGGACUCUGCACGAAUAACAAGAUACUUUUAAUACCAUGGAUUCUCAGUAUCCCCAUGACAACAAUUCUUGACAUCAUACUGUCGCUUUAUCUUAUCACUGAUACGGAAGCUGAUCCCUUCUUUUGCGUUCUUAUAGCAACGGAUAUCAUUAUUUCUGCUCUGAAUGUAUAUUGCGUUCUUUGCGUGACUUCUCAAUACCAAGAGUAUUCAACUGCCCAAGGAAGACCCAGGCAAAUCAUGGUGGAAGAUGGUCUACCAGCUAUCCAGUUUGAACCAGCUUCAUCAAAUAAACAAGGAGCUGCUAAUCUACUUCCAACUCCGAAAGUUUCUGUCAGUGUCAUUCAAAAUGUCGAGUCUCCGGAUAGCCAACGCCCUCUCUUAACUUCGGAAGGAUCAUCCACCGGUCGGGCAUUUGGAUCUGCUAAUUUGAAUACUUCGUCACCAACUGCCCUUAUGCUUAGUCGUUCCAGUUUUUCAUCCACAAGCGAAAUAUCAUUCUGCUCUUCUGAUACACUGCCUGGUAGCAGGAGGGGAUCUGUUCUACCACUUCAAGAUAUUCCAAGGGGAGGGCUUUCACCAGUGGGAGAAGUUAGCACUUUGCCCUCUCUACCGGAUGAAUCAUCAGGAGAAGCUAAAGACGAUUCUGACUGCCUGGAUGUGAAUUCCACUGUAAUCGAAAUACAUACUGCAACUCCUCCAUUAGCACACGCUACACCAGGUCUUUCAAGAUUUCGUGUUCCUGGAUUUCUUCCUUCGAUUAUUUUGCGACAAAUACCGGCUAAGAUUGGCAAGAUAGAAACAACUGACCCAGAGGUGAAGCCAAUAAAAUCCGAAGAUGGUGUUCCCCAGACCGAAGAUCCAGUAUACACUGUAUGAUGGAUGUAUUUUGUGGAAAUUAUGUUUGCUUUUUACCCCAUUCCAGGAUUUGUAUACAAUGAGCUAUUUGUAUUCUUUGUAUCCCCCAAGUGUUCGUGUUUUGUAUACGAUAUUUGACUUGUUCGCACUGCAUCUCAGUGUCAGCACAACUGUUUUGUGUGUAUCAGUAUAUGCAUCUAUGUUGGUCUACAUACAUAUAUACAUAUAUAGAUAGUAUAAAGAAGACGAAAAAGCUCUCUUAGCAUUUUUGAAGCUUCGGUUUAGAUAAAUAUGAAUUUAUAUCCAUGUUAUUCUAUAUUCGAUACUUGUGUGUAAAAUGUGAUAAAAACAAUGCACUCUUCCUGUUUAGAAUUUCAUAGUAACUUGUUCGUGUAGUAGUAUUAAGUAGAAAAUUUGAAAGGCUUUGCCUUGAACACGAAAUACCUCAGAUUGUUAUGCUAGUCUUAUCAAGGUAUACUGACGUGUACUACUGGUUACCUUAUAGGUAAUCAGAUUAUAUUCAUUACAAAUGAAGGAAUGGAAUAUAUCGGGUUACACUGAGAACUCAAGCAAUGGUGUUUGGUAAGAAUUACCUUGAGAGUUAUUAAACGCAUUAAGGGAAUAGAGCAUUCGUAUUUAUUUCAAGCGAUUUCAUUGAAUUACAACCAUUUAUUUCCUGUAUUUAAUCAUUGCACUUCACUUCUCUUAUUUAUUCUCAUAAUCAUGUAGUAUUACAGUUGUUCACAUUGCUUUCAAAUGCUGUGAACGUUUUAUGAAAAUAUCUCCACAAUAUGUGAUUAUGAAAUUUUGAUGAAGGAUGUUUAAAGUGAACCUCUAAUGUCAGCUAUUUUAGUUAAUAGGCAACGUUAUUAUUUGUUUACCUGCAUUCAUUGACCAUGUCAAAGACAGAGUAAUAAAACGGUACUGUUUAGAAUAUAAAUGGAACCCCCAGAAUCAAUUUUCUAAAUUACUGGUAUGUGAAUGAACGCAGCCAGUUAUUGAGAAAGGAGAUGCAUCGGGUAAUUAGAAUUCCUAUGAAAAGCUCGAUAUUGAAAUACAACAUACGCUUACCAAAGUGAAGUAGCAAAACAGCCAUUAGUGAGAAGAAUCUAUAAUACAUUUGGAGCCUCUGAUUCUAUUUCACAAUGUCAGAACUGUUAAGUUAAUUGUUCUAAAGCUGCAGCUGGAUAUAAUACUGCAUAAAAUUUAGAACUUUUAUAAUGCAUCCAUUCAAUUAUUUAUUUUUUCCUUCUACUAUGAAAGAAUAUAAGAAUAUUUUCUAGUGCAUUUACACAUGCAUGAAAAAUUGUCUAGUUAAAACAAAGUUUUGUUUAACACAAAUUAAAAUUUAUGAGAUAAAUUACUGAUUUGAAUUAUUCACUUAUCAAAAGUGCUCUAAUUUUUUUUCACAGAGUUUAUCGAAGUUUAAAAACAUUUUUAGGUUUGUAUACAGUUUUAAAACAAAAUUAUCAUUAAUAUGGGAUAAUCAUAUGAAAGGAUAAGCUUACCAAAUCUGUGUAAUUUAAGCUAUAUUAAAAGGAAGCUUUUGAAUUUUGCUAUUAAGCCGAUAUAUCUAAAGCUACUAAACUUUUAUGACCUAAAACAAUAAUAAUCAACAUGUCCAAUUAUUGUAAACUUACAUCAUUUGAAUGAAUUUCUCUUUCUUGAAUUCGCAUACAGGUAAUAUUCAUGGUUAAUUUUUACUAUAAGUAAUAUUCAUUAUUUCUUUCUCAUUGAUGUGAUUUCUUGCACUGCUUAUUUACGAAUAAAAGCCUUCACUAAAAGGGAAGAAUAUAAUUUAUUUAGAUUUCUAAAUUCUAUCGGGACUAGCGACACAUUGUACGCUGAAGUUAUUAGUUCAUUUCUAUCUACAAUUAAAAAUGUUAAUGGUAUUUAUAGUUUAAAGGUAUUAUACGACGUUUUGUGAAUUCUAAAAUUGUUAAUUAAUUGAACUUGCAUAAGCUUCUGAACAGUAUUUAGAUUAAAAGACAAAAUAUUUGUUGAACAGAUCGAUAAAUUAUGUGUCAAAGAAGUAUUUCUUCGAUUCUGCCUUUCUCUAAGCUCUUUAAUCAUCAUACAUUGAUAUCUUUUCUUUAAGAAGGAUUAACUAGCAAGUAAUGAUGAUACAUUUGCAAAUAAACCACAUUUAAUGAAUUCCUAAUACAUCAACAUAUAUAUACCACUGAUAAUGAAGGUGAAUUUAUCUUAUCGUUUAGAAAAUUAAGCAGUUUGUAUGCUAUGCAAGCUUGACAAUUUUUCUGGAAAUUUUACGUUUCCUUACAAACGUCAUUAAUGAAUCAUUAGAGGUAGUUUGAUUUUCAAGCAAAUCAUCCUUAACGAAUUCCUAUUAAAUUAAUGUACAUAUCACUCAUAAAGAUGAAUAGUUUAGGUUAGAAUUUAGAAUUACGUGUAUUAUGUAUGCGUUAUUGCAUUUUUAUUUCAUGUAUAAUAUCCUUUAUCAGUGAGAGUAAGUAUGGUAUAAAGAGUUAAAUUUACUCAAAGUACACGAAAAGAGAUUCUGGUACAAGGGCAGUCAAAAAGCUAAAAUAAUUUUAGUAUAAAAAUUGAAAAGAUUGAACCUGUGCGAGUAACUUUUGGCAUAAGGCAAGUUUUUCAAAUAAAAUAUAAUUUUUUAAAUAAAAGUGAUAUAUUAUAAGAGUAUUAUUUUUAAAUUAUGAAAAUGUUAGUUUAGGCUUAGC